AUGCGCGGCACAUACGCAGCACUAUUCAACCGGCUGGUCCCCUUCCUUAAUGAAGGGCUCCAGGCUGAUCCUAGCUGUAUGGAUCACCGAAGCUCCAAGGGUGUCAAUUCGGCUGAUCUUCCGACCAAGAUAUCUCCCCACGCCAUCCAUCCGGUUGUUAAGAUGGGCGUAUUGGUCAUCGACUCGGCGCUGCGCAACCGAGCUUUGGAAUUCAGCCGGGUUAAGAAUUGGCAUGAGACGAUGAGUUGGGUAGAAUCGACCUCUAAUCGACUGCUCCCUGAACGUGAUGUUCUCUCUGACCAGUGCAUAACACCAUCGAUGCGCCCCAACCGAACGACGCCACUGGCUCUCGCUGCGCAGCGCAAGGGGAAGUUGUUCAUCCCGGACAAUGUUGGGGUGAUCUUCGGACACGAGUUGGUAGAUGUGGCCACGGAAAAAGACAGCGUCAGGGGCUUCUUUAGUAGUGAAGAUGAUCCGUAG